AUGUCGCGACACCGCGUGAAGGCUGUGAGCUACGAUGAUGAUGACUAUGACGAAUAUGACGAUGGCUACGACUCCCAGGAUCCUGAGGAAAAGGAGUUUCUUGAAGAGUGUACCCGCGAGGUACUGAGUCAGUUGGCUGCUGGAACACCGUUUGUGAGCGCAACUCGGGACGAGGCUCAGGAGGCCUUGUGGCACUACUAUAAUGAUGUGGAAAAGUCGGUGAACUAUUUGAGGGGCAAGAAGACGAAGGAGGCGGAGAAGAAGAAACCGACUGCUGUUUUGACGGGAAAGGCAAAAGUGACUACUACCGGAUAUCCUAUUCCUCCUACCACGAUAUCACCGCAACCGGCGCACUUUUCUGCUGCGGAAUUCUUUCGCGACUCUCCCUGGCUCAACGUCCCUACUCACCGGAAAGCGGAUUUUCUCGUUGAACCACUGUAUCCACGAAUCGGACUGUUAGGCGGGGCACCAGAGAGUGGUGGGGGGAAGAUGUCUAAACUGGCUGCUCUGGCCGCUGCGCGCAAGAAGAAAGAGGGAGAGAAGGCCCCGUCGCCAUCCCCAGCCACUGGCAACAAUACCGAGCCAUUUAUGAACGACUCUAAGGGGCCUUCACUAUCCCUGCGAGAGAGACUUUCCAUCAAACAGGCCAAGCAAUCUGAUACCUCACCGUCGCUACACGAUUCGAAGAAGGGACCUGGUUCCGGACAAUCUCUAUCUCCAAAGAAGAAGUCUCCCGAACCAAGCCCGCAAACUGUGCCUAUCGUCAUUGGAGUGGAGCACUCUGCAAAGAGUGACCAAGCAGACCAGAAGGAGAAGCAUCAAACAAUGAAUAUCCGCGCAUCGCCUUCAACAUUCGCCAGUACGAUUAUUGGAGAAAAUACACGUCCCAAGAUGACCGAGCCCAGCCACCUGUAUACCAACACCCUGGAUCUAAUCAAGAUCUAUGGACAAGACCUAGCUGAACCAUUUGACUUUGCAGGACCGAGUCCAGACGAUGUCGUUUUAACCGCCCAAAGUUCAGCUAAAGGUUUCAAGUCCAAACAGCCUGCUUCAAAACCGCAAGGUGAUAAGAAGGACCAGGCAAGUUUGACCAGCGAUAUGGGUAACCUCAGCGUUAUCGAGAAGGUAAACGUGAAGAGCAAAAAUUUAGAUGUCCUCUCAGAGUACAAGAAGUCGAAGCGGAAAAAUGCCAUGAACUUUGUUGUCAUCGGUCAUGUCGAUGCGGGGAAAAGCACUCUGAUGGGACGAUUGCUCGCUGAUUUAAAGGCUGUUGACCAACGGACACUGGAAAAGUAUCGGCGCGAAGCGGAGAAAAUAGGCAAAGGAUCUUUUGCUCUGGCGUGGGUGUUAGAUCAAGGGUCAGAGGAAAGAGCGCGAGGUGUGACCAUCGAUAUCGCGGCAAGCAAAUUCGAGACGGAAAAUACGGUCUUUACGAUUCUAGACUCUCCCGGCCAUAGGGACUUUGUUCCGAACAUGAUUGCGGGGGCUAGUCAGGCCGAUUUUGCGGUGUUGGUUAUCGAUUCCAGCAUAGGCAACUACGAGUCAGGGUUGAAGGGGCAAACCAAGGAGCACGCUUUACUCGUAAGGAGCAUGGGUCUCCAGAGAAUUGUUGUUGCCGUGAACAAGAUGGAUACCGUUCAAUGGAAUCAGGAACGGUUUGAGGAAAUCGAACAGCAAGUGUCGGCAUUCUUGAUUACAGCUGGGUUCCAGACCAAGAAUAUCUCGUUCGUACCAUGCUCUGGUAUUAGCGGGGACAACAUCACCAGACGAAGCGAGGACCCCAAUGUGUCUUGGUACUCUGGUGGCACACUAGUCGAGGAACUUGAGGCUACGGAAGCUUACUCGCAUGCGCUCGAGAAACCGCUGCGGAUGACAAUCGGCGACGUCUUCCGGGGUAGCAUCCAGCACCCUCUUUCAAUAUCUGGCCGAAUCGAUGCCGGCAGUCUGCAGAUCGGUGACCAAAUCUAUACCAUGCCGAGUGGGGAAACAGCAACAAUCCGAAGCCUCGAGGUCGAUGGAGAACCGAGCGAAUGGGCUGUCGCUGGACAGAAUGUGGUCUUGAAUCUAGCGAAUAUUGAUCCGAUUCACCUCCGCUCUGGUGAUGUCGUAUGCCACGCAUCCGCGCCCAUCACCAACAUUUCUUCGUUUACAUGCAAAGUACUUGCUUUCGACCACCUACUACCCAGCAUGGUCGAUAUCCAUCGAGGCAGGCUGCAUGUUCCCGGGCGAAUCAGCCGAUUAGUGGCGACAUUGGACAAAGGGUCAGGAAAUGUUCUAAAAAAGAAGCCGAAGAUUGUUCCGCCAGGGGUUGUUGCACGCAUCGUUGUUGAGAUGGACCACGCUGUGCCUCUCGAAGCGCCCACUCGGAUUGUCUUGAGAGCGGGUGGCGAAACGAUAGCGGCUGGGCUACUGGAAUGA